AUGCUGCGAGCUGGUCUUCGUUCUUCGAGGGCGUUGGGUCUCAGACCCAACGUUGUCAGUCCUGGACGUCAAUGGAGAGCACAGAAUGCCCGGGUGAUUUCGGAUACUAUGAGAACCUUUGCCGACAAAUCAAGUAUAUCAGAUUCGAGGCCUCCAGUACUCCCUGGAUCUGCCAGCGAGGCUACAUCUGAACCACUACCACCUGGAGCUGUAGCAACUCCAAAUUCAGCUGCUCCAACACCAGCAACUCCAACCUCUUCAACAAUUCCUGCAGAAAAUGUCCCUCUUACCCCCCCGCCUCCAGGAGUUCAAUCACCAGGACCUCCCCCUCCAUCUUCGAGCCCACCACCUCCCGCGCCAAAGCCAAAGAGACGCUUCUUCCGCAAAUUCUUUACAACCUUAUUUCUGUUAACUACGUUGGGCUUUGGUGGAGGAGUCUACUAUUCCCGGAUCAAUGAUAACUUCCAUGACUUCUUCACAGAAUAUGUACCUUUUGGAGAGGACGCAGUUCUCUACUUCGAGGAACAGGAAUUCCGAAAACGUUUCCCUUUGAUCUCGAGUCGAGCUUCAAGGCCUCCUAGAGACACUGGUGAACAGGUUAAAAUUCCAAGCCAAAGUGGUGUAUCAUGGAGGGUUGCGAAUGAAAACAAGGACUCUACGGGACGACACACUAGUUCUGCGAAGGAUAAGGUAAAGCCAUCGGAAGCUGUUCAAACACCACAUGAUUCAAAACCAGCCGAUAGAGUCAAGGCAGUCGAGCAAGUAAAGAGCGGAAAUUCUCCAGUAAAGAAUUCCCCAGCUCCACCAGCAACUCCAGAAUCUAAGCCAAGCAAUGUUCAAAAGGAUCCAGAAGUCAAUGAGCCAUCCAGAGCAUACAAGAAAAUUGAGCGAAUUGACCCCAUUAACAUUCCCAACGGAAACGAGCCUGUGGUCCAGGAAUUGGUUAAGAUUAUGAACGAUAUCAUUGCGGUUGUCAAUGCCGACAAUGCAAAUGCUAGAUUUACGUCUACUAUGGAUAAGGCAAAGGCAGAAUUGAACAGAGUUGGAGCCAAGAUUCUGGACAUGAAGGAUGCAGCAUUGAAGCAAGCUGACGAGAAGAUCAAGUCUUCCGAUGCAGAAUUUGAUCGCGCUGCUAUGCAACUCAUGCAAAACUUCAAAAAUCAGCAAGCAGAGCAAGAAGCUCAAUUCAGAGCCGAAUAUGAAGCCGAACGCAAGAGGAUUCAUGAAAACUACGAGCAAAAGCUCAAGUCAGAGCUUGAUCGCGCAAAUGAGGUGAACGAGAAAACACUCCAGAACAAUUUGACGGAACAAGCUCUUGAACUUAAACGUGCAUUUUUGGCUGAUGUCAAGAACCGUGUUGAGCAAGAACGGGAAGGGCGUCUUGGCAAGCUUUCCGAGCUAACUAGCACCGUCAACGACCUCGAGAAGCUUACUGGUGACUUCAACACCGUCGUGGACCAAAACCUCAAGACUCAACAUCUUCAUGUUGCUGUCGAAGCUGUCCGUGCUAACCUUGAGAAGUCUCAAAUCCCACGACCUUUCACAAGAGAACUUGCUGCCCUGAAGGAGAUUGCAUCCGAUGACCCAGUUGUCAAUGCUGCAAUCGCAUCCAUCAAUCCAGUCGCUUACCAAAAGGGUGUUCCGAGCUCAGCUGCGCUCAUUGAUCGUUUCCGUCGUGUUGCAUCUGAAGUUCGCAAAGCGUCAUUGUUACCUGAGGAGGCUGGUGUUGCCAGUCACGCUUCGAGUUACGUAUUGAGCAAGCUUCUUUUCAAGAAGAAGGGUUUGGCAACUGGUGAUGAUGUAGAGAGUAUCUUGACUCGGACGGAGACUUUCCUUGAAGAGGGUGAUUUGGAUGGUGCAGCUAGGGAAAUGAAUGGAUUAAAGGGGUGGGCAAAGACUUUAAGUAAGGAUUGGUUGGGCGAGGUUAGAAAGGUUCUUGAGGUUCAGCAAGCUCUUGAUAAGCCAGAUUACAAAGUUUGA